CCUUAUGACAAGUCGAUACCAAAGGUUGGUCACAAUCCAGUGCUUCAGGUUGCAGAAUACAACCGCAUGCACUCUACAUUGAUUCAUGUGAAAAAUCCUUGUGGAGUGAGAAACAGAGCGGUGAAAGCGCCAAGGCUGCAACACCCACUCCCUCCCUUCAAUCCCUAAUUCCCCAACUCCACCACUCACUCAUCACCUUCUGCCCUCAGUAUUACGUGGUACGUGGAGAAUGGGAAGUAAUAGCACUGAAAAGAUCCCAAUCAAUACCAGUGCUGAAAGUUCAGAAACCACUAUUGAAAUAAAGAUUAAAACAUUGGAUUCUCAAACGUACACCCUCAGAGUGGAUAAACAGAUGCCAGUCCCUGCCCUGAAAGAACAGAUUGCUUCUGUAACUGGAGUAUUAUCUGAACGGCAACGCUUAAUUUGCCAAGGAAAAGUUCUGAAGGAUGAUCAGCUCCUGUCUGCAUAUCAUGUUGAAGAUGGUCAUACCUUACAUCUGGUUGCGAGGCAACCUGACCUACCACCACCAGGAAGUCUGCCCAAUCAUUCAGUGACUGAACCGAAUUCAAGCUCAAGCCUGGCAAGCCUCAGUCACAGUAGUCAAGUAGCCCCUGGUGUUUUUAUUGAGACUUUCAAUGUGCCUUUUCAGGGUGAUGGAGUUGCACCUGAAAUCAAUAGGAUCGUUUCUGCUGUUCUAGGAUCCAUUGGACUUCAAAAUUUUGCGAGUGGUGAAGGGAUUGAUGUCAGGGAGCAUGAUUCCCAAGGUGCUGGGAGAAUUUCAGGCUCUAGUGGGAUAUUUGAUUCAUCUCAUCCUCAACCCGAACAAUCAGGUUUUCGGAUUUUGUCUGAUAGAUCACGUAAUGCCUUUGGAGCUCCAGCGGCAGUAUCUCUAGGGUCUCUGCAGCCUCCUGUCAUUCCUGAUUCUUUGACAACUUUGUCCCAAUAUUUAAGUCACAUAAGCAAUGAAUUUGAUGCAAUUGUGAGAGAAGGGGGGAAUAUUGCCCAAGCAGCUGAGGCUCAAAGGAACGUAGAAACUAGACCUGUUUCUUCACGUUCAGGGUCAGGUUCAGCUUUAGAAGGGUUUUCAUCUCCCACAUUGUUGGCAGAAGUUCUGCUUUCUACCAGACGAAUGAUUGUUGAACAAGCUGGCGAAUGCUUACUUCAACUAUCAAGGCAGCUAGAGAAUCAAGCAGAUGUAACCGAUCCACUGUUGCGGUCAAGCAUUCAGUCUAGGGCCUUGAGAACUGGAGUUUUGUUUUAUAACCUUGGUGCAUUUUUACUUGAACUUGGUCGCACAACCAUGACACUGCGUUUGGGUCAAACAUCGUCUGAAGCUGUAGUUAAUGGUGGGCCUGCAGUUUUUAUAUCCCCAAAUGGUCCUAACCAUAUCAUGGUUCAGCCCCUUCCUUUUCAACCUGGAACAAGCUUUGGCGCUGUUCCUGUGGGAGCUGCACAGUCUAGCUCAAGUUUAGGUAGUGGACUUGGUUCAAGCUUUUUCCCUAGGCGUAUAGAUAUACAGAUACGACGAGGUACCUCAUCAACAUCAUCCAAUACCAAUCAAGAAGAACGCAAUGAUACACAACCUGCCUCAGUACAAAGAAAUCCAGGUGAAAAUCCUGUUAAUCAGGCAACCUCUAGGCGUCCAGAUGCUUCUUUUCCUGGGGAACCAGGAGUAAGGUUAGUGCCUAUUAGAACCAUGGUUGCAGCAGCAGUACCGGGUCCUGUGGUCCGUCCCCCUUCAGAAUCAUCUGGUAAUUCUCUAGGGCUUUACUAUCCAAUUCUUGGGAGAUUUCAACAUGUGUCUUCUGGACAUGUAAAUAGUGAACAGAGAUCUCAACAUUCAAGUCAGCAUCAUGCUGCAGUACCAUCAACUACUGAUUCCAUGUUGGAAAGGCAAACCACAGAUGAUUCUACAAGGAAUGUAGGAUCCUUAUCAACUCCAAGCACAAGACCGGAGCCAUCUAAUUCUCGUGUUGUAAAUAUCAAUAUUCUGGCUGCCAGUGGACCCCAAAACAACCAAGAAACUGAGCGGCAAAUACCAAGCAGUGUACUUCAGUUAUUAAGGUCACUCUUUCCUGGUGGAGAAAUUCAUGUGGAAGAUUCAAGUGUACAAGGAGUAACUGCAGGUUCUGACUCAGAUCAUGCUGCAACAUCAAGGGGGGCUGCCCAAGUACCCGAAGCACAACCUAAUGCCAGUGAAGAAGGAAUAUUUUUGUCAAAUAUGCUCCGUGAAAUCAUGCCAGUCAUAUCUCAACAAGUAGGGUUGGAGGGAAAUCCUUCAGAAGAUCAUAUGGCUCAAGCUUCUUCAACCCAGGUUGAAACUGAUGUCGGGACAUCACGCAGACCGGGUGAUUCUGACUCAAGCCCCCCAAAUCCAAAACGUCAAAAGAUGGAGUGAAAUAGAGGAUAAUGUUCACUGUGCAGUCGUGGAAGAUUACGAUCACAAGAAACAGAAUUUGGGGUGAAACUCAAGAUGUCAAUAUGGUAUUAAGUUCUUUCCUAGUUUUUUAUAUGAAGCGUGAUUUCAUUCUCUCAUGCUGUAGACAAAUUUUAAGAAGACUGCUCUCCGGACUAUGUGACAACUUGUACGUUACUGGCAUUGGAAUUGAACUUCCCUAAGUUCGAUUUUAUUAUGCUAGGAAUUGAUAAUAGAAUUCAACAUUAGAAUUGAGAUUAGUCACAUCUUAUAAAUUAAAUUUGGCGUCCUUGAGGUCUUUAUUGAA